ACUUUUACAAAUUGCAUUGGGGUUCUCUGUUUUGUUGGUUUUCCGUUCUCUGCUUCCUCUGCAUUGAAACCCAUUUUUUGUUUUUUAAUUUGGGUUUUGCUGGAAACUCUUUAGAUUUUGAAGGAGGGUUGGGUAUAAUUCAAUGGCAGAACUACAUUCGUGUAGUAGUUUGAUUAAUGCUUCAGCAUUGUGUGCAAGAAGCAGGGGGUGUUCCUUAGAGUUUUCUGCUCACCCAGCUCUGUUGGGCUCUGACGAGCAGGAGGUGAAAGGAGAUGAUAUAAACGUUAUUGCAGAGAUUUCUGCCCAGCUGCGGAGGGAAAGUGAGAAGAACACAGAGCUUAUGGAAAGGAUAUCCUUAUUGGAAGCUCAGAUACAAGAGAGGGAAAAAGCCUCUCUCCUUAGCACUUCCCAAGAUGAUUGCUUCACUGCUACGGAGAGAAGUUUCAAGAAGUUUAAGAGACAAAAGAUAGGAAAUGAUGUAGUUGGAGAUGCAGAAACAGCAAAGAGUCCCAACAUGGGUGACACUCCAUGCAGGGCCCUCGACGAUUCCGAUCAACGAGACCACCCAGUCAACUGGAUGAGCAUGGAUGAGACACAGUUCAUAAAUGUUGAAAAAUUUAAAGAUGGUGACCUGGAUGCAGAUUAUGAGAAUUCAGAUGAUAGUGAUGAUGAGGAUGAUGAGUACUAUGAUGAGGACCCUGUUGGUGGUGAUGAUAAGGAUAAGUUUGAUGUUUCCAGUACUUUAGAAAGACAGCUUCAUGAGGAGUGUGUUGAUGGGGGAAUACAUGUACUGUGCACAGAAAGGCUCCUCAGUUAUCAGAGUGAAUCAACAGGUCUGAGUGUGAGCCAAGAAAUAAAUGGAGAUCAAGCCAAAGGUUGUGUAUUACUUGAUACAGGAACCACUUUUAACAAGAAAAAACUCAAAAGGCAUAACAGGAGAGAAAACAAAAAGAUUAAAGGAUAUAAGGCAUCAUUAGAGAUCCACAUUUCUGGUUCUGACCACGAGAUUGGGCAAAAAGAAUUUGGAAGUAUCCCGUUGCAUAAAAAGCCUCCAAAGGUAGCUUUUUGUCCGAAGGAAGUCAAGAGAAUAAUAGAGUCAGAAGCGCUUUUAUUAAAAAAUGCUCAGUCUCAUACCAUACGGAAAAUCAUCAUCUUUGCUUCUCUUGGCAUAAGGCAUGGGAGUGAAGAUAUGUAUGAAUUAGACUUCAAUCACUUUAACAUAUUAAGGAAGGAAGAGCCAUACAUCUCCACAAAGGAUCCUGGGGAACAUGUUUUAUAUGAGAAUCCUGGAGUUAGGAGGAAAGUCUUCUAUCCAAAUCGGCAGAACCCACUACUCUGUCCUGUUCAAAUACUUGAAGAGGAGAAGGCUAUGCGCUCAUCCGACCCAGGUUGCCCAUCAUGCUUAUUUUUGUGCAUUAAAUAUGGAGGGAGGACACGGAACCUUCCACAAAAUGAGUAUGUUAGGCAGCGUAUGGGAAGGAACAAGCUGAAAUCUUUUGGGCCACUUAUUUGUCAGAUGGCAUUGCUGGUUAAUAUUCGCAGUGGGAGCUUCUUCUUCAAGGCCUUGGGUAUCACACUUUUGUUUAUGGCUGGUUUUCCUGAUUAUCUUGUCCAAAGUGAGACCAAGUACAGGAACUUGGACCUGCUUCAGAUAUAUUACAGGACAGAUGAAGAUGCUGAAGGGGAGGAGUUGUUUCGUCCUUAUCAAAUUUCUUUUGAUGCUGCUAGCCCCAAUUCACAGAAGCUUGUUGGGAAGCCAGUUUCAACGAAACCUAAUAGCAAGAAGCAAACAGCCUCAAUAAGUAAGUCCCAGAGUUUGCUGAGAUCCUCAACACUACCACCUGGUCCUUCUAGCCCUGUACCACCUACAACAUUUGGGCUUAUGGGUUGUACAUCUAUCCAGACUCAUGCAAUGACAGCUUUUACAUCAAUGCCAUCUCAUACGCUAAGAGAUACUCCACCAAUCUCAAAUCCUGUGAUUUCUAGUUCCAGCCCCAAUGUCUCCUAUCACACAGAUCAGACACCAACUCAAUAUUCCAUGUUCCCACCCCACCCAGCAAACACUUUCAUGCCAAUUACAUAUUGGCCUCAUAUGAAUGCAUUUCCUUCUUGCCCUUAUCCUUCUGUAUAUGGUUUUCGAUCUUACCCUCCUUCAACAAAUUACUUCUCCCUUCAUACACCACCUUGUUAUGGCCACCCUUACUGUAGCCCCUUUAGUAGCAAAGUGGUUGCAGGCACUAAGAAGAACGGUUCAGCCAUGGAGGAAGCUGGUAGUGACUCUGAUAGCAGUUCCAGUGGUUCCAAAACGGAGAAUGCUUUAACAAGCUGUAAGUAAUGGACUGACAACUCGUCAUGCCGCCUUGUGUAAG